UUUACUCAAUUUCAAAUGAAGCAGUCCUUGUCAAAGAAUGUGGGCGUUUUUUUUUGGUUUUUGUUUUUUACAUCAGGCAAAUCCAGUAGGUGCGCACCCAUUUACGGACAGGCAUUAAUCCGGUCGCCUACUGGUCCUUCCUCCUUUUCUACGUCCCUGAGCGAGGCCGCCACCAAAAUGAACGACACAGUUACAGUUAGGACCCGCAAGUUUAUGACGAACCGGCUUCUUCAGAGGAAGCAAAUGGUCGUCGAUGUUCUGCACCCCGGAAAGGCCACAGUCCCAAAGACUGAAAUCCGGGAGAAGCUCGCCAAGAUGUACAAGACCACCCCCGACGUCGUGUUCGUCUUCGGCUUCAGGACUCAGUUUGGCGGUGGCAAGACAACUGGCUUCGCCAUGGUCUACGACUCCCUAGAUUACGCAAAGAAGAACGAGCCCAAGCACAGACUGGCCAGGCACGGUCUCUAUGAGAAAAAGAAGACCUCCAGGAAGCAGCGCAAGGAACGCAAGAACAGAAUGAAGAAAGUACGAGGUACCAAGAAGUCCUCUGUGGGUGCUGCCAGUAAAAAGUGAGCCCAGACAGCCAGGGAUGGUCCUCAUGCUCAAGAUGUUCUUGUAUAUUGUUCUCAAAUAAAAGUUUGGAGAAAACAUCA